UCUUCUUCUUUCGACGCAAAACUUUAAAACAAAUCAUUUACGUUUAACUAAGCUAAUUCAAAAAGACUUGUUUUUUGACCUCUCUUGCUUCAUUCUGACAAUACAAAUGACAGCUGACUCAUUUCUUAUAUAUAAGAAAAGUCGUUACAGCCAAAAUCAAUAUGUUUUAAAUGGUUGUGAGAUUGUGAGCAUUGAUUCGCCCAGCUCUUGCUGCGAAUAAGUAACAAGCGACAAAAUACCUUUGUUUAUGUAGAGAUACGAUUCGCCAGAAAUCUGUGAUUUAAAAAAAUCUGGUCUUGGCAAAGUUCCGUGCUUAAGUUAUUUUGAAACGGAAGAGAGGCCAGUUAAAACCAUUCAAGCACGUGCUGCACAAGGGGGCUUCGAUUAUGAUGAUUACAUAAUUACAGCAUACCUAUCAUUUACACAUGGUAUUCCACCUGAAGCAGAACAUUUGUUCGAUUUACCGGAUCAAUGGUCUUCCUAUUGUGGGAAUGCAAACGCAGGUUUUGAUAUAGAACCUGUACGCACAUUUGUGGUAACUCCAGAUGGCCAAGAUCAUUUUAAAUUGAAAUUGCUAACACCACCUGUUCAUUCACUUGGUGAUCAAGUUAAAGUUGAGUUUAAACUGCGUCCGUCAUGGUACUACAAUGGAACACGGUGUACUCAAUUUAAUCCAAUUAUUUUCGAUAGAGAAAAUUGGCAAAAACCACAACAAGUUGACAUGUCGUUUGGUGAUUAUGGUUGUUGUGAAUAUGUAAUCACUGGUAUUGGUGGUGGAUAUGAUUGGCAAUAUACAACACAAACAUUUACUGUCUAUGCAUGCGAUGGAGAAGCUGGGUAUGAUUGCAAGAAGUACCCGUGCGGAGCUUGAAAACAGUUGAACGGGUACUUGUAUGCCCGUUUCGUUGCUGCGUUCGUUGCACACGUGUCACAACAAUAAGCAUAAAUAUAGUAUAAAAUCUACAAGAAUUAAAAUGUUCUAUACA